AUGCCAAAUGGUACCUCACCUGCUGCUUAUAUAGUACUUCUCCUUUCUCUAAACCCGCUGGUAUCUGUAAAAUAUACAAUAGAUUAUUUAAAAUAUGUAUACUAAAGAUAAUAAAAUAUAUACUAAAAACUAAAAGCUAAAAACUUCGUCAGUGCUAAAAGAUAAUAAAAUACUAGAAAAUAAGAUCGAUAUUACAUAUGCAAGUGAUAACUUACAUGGUAAUGUAUAGAUUUGACUAUUUAUAACUAAUAUUAUUCAUUUUCUUCAUAAGAAAAUAAUCAUAAAUUAUAAUAUCAUUUUUCAAUGUCACUUAAAAAUUAAUGUUCUGUUACAAAUGUAUACAACGCUCGGAUAAGAAGAAAAUAUAAAUUUGAAUUAUGUCGUUUUUUGUGUAAAUACUUCUUUUUUCAUUUGUAUAAUGUUUUAUAAAAUUUUUUUUAUAUGUACGUCCUAUCAAGUAUUUUAAAAUGAUAAUUUAUAUAUUUUCAUAAAUAAUAUAUAUAUAAAUAAAUUAUAUAUAUAUAAAUAAUAAAUAUAUAUAUAAAUAAUAAAUUAUAUAUAUGUAUAUGUAUAUGUAUAAAUUAUAUAUGUGUAUAUGUAUAUAUAUAAAUUAUAUAUAUAUUUAUAUAUAUAUGUGCAUGCUUUAUAUUUUAUAUAUAUAAAGAUGUUUAAAGUUGCUUCAGAUUAUAAAGAUAUAAAAGUAUUUCUACAACAAGUGUUGCGCUUAUUAUAUAGAAGUACGCUGUGUGUUAAAUUAAUAAUUUAAAUUUUUUAAAAUUUCACUGCUGAUUUCAAAAAUGCAUGUGUUGUACAAUUCGCUAGUCUAAAUUUGUUUAUGUAAGUGUUUAUGUAUUAUCGAUAGAACAGAAAAUAAAUUACAGUUCAAAAUGAUAUAUUAUUUAAAGGAAUAAAUUACAGUUCGAAAUGAUAUAUUAUUUAAGGGAAAAUUAACCGAUAUGAAUUAUCUUGAAUGCAAAUUACUUGUAUGAUAAAUAGUUUCAAAUCUUUCUAAAUAUACAUUUUUUGGUCAUUUACAUUAAUUUCUCAUUUUUUUUCUAACCUUAAUUCUAAUUUUUCAUUCAGUUCUAACAUGUUCUCUAACAUGUUGAAUGUCCAAUUGAAUUUCUAUUUUGUAAAAGAAUAAUUUCUGUAUAAAAUCCAUUUCUGGGUCAUAAUAUUUAUUUAUUUGUAAAUUCUUUACAAAAUUUUAAAACAUUCAAUUUGCUAUUCUACAUAUAAAUUAGUAUCAUAUAUAUAUCGAAAUUUAACAGCAUACAUACAUCGAAGAAAUUUUUAAAAGCAUUUUAUUUUCUUAAUUUUAUUUUCUUUUCUCCUUUGAUUUUUGCUGCCAUUUGAUUUUUCCUCAUUUUUUUUUUUUGCCGGUGUCGCUGCUAUCUAGUCGGUAAAGUAGAAUAGUGACGCCAUAUUUGAUGUGACUGUAGCGCCAUCUAGUAAUGCUUUCAGGAAUUUCUCGCUCGUGCCGGCCAACAUCAUCAGGUCACGUGACAGUAGUAUAUUGAUACGUGUCGACGAGGAGAGCCACGCACGACUCGCUACGGCUUGCCAAUCGGGCACACGCAGCCGAGUUUUCCUCGGGUUCUCGUUUUAAUCUACUGUCUUCGCGGCAUUGUUGACUCGAGAGUAAGUGAAACGACGUCAUAGCACCGUGACCCUUUAGAAUAGUUACACCUCGGAUUCAAGAUGGGAUGUAAGUACGCCGCUUCAAAAACUCGAAAGUCUUUUAUUUAGGAUUAUAGCCGAUGUGAUCGACGAGGACCGUAACCUUUUGAUUUCCUCUUUUUUGCAACAUAUUGCUCGUCCCGUUGAAUCUUUAAUAUUUCACCUUUUGAUCGGGCGAUUUCGUUGACACGAGAAUUAACUUUCCACCGUGUGUUUUUCAGUCAAAUUCCUAGAGGUGAUAAAGCCGUUUUGCAGUAUACUUCCGGAAAUAGAGAAACCGGAACGUAAGGUAAGUCUGUGUUCAGUUGAUCUUUCCUCUGUUUUAUAUUUACAAUAUUGUACACUCUUGUUAAUUUAAUUAUUGUUGUUUGUGAUCUAUUACAAAAGAUCUCUCUGUUGAUGUAUCUGUCGAAUUCAAUUCCAUUUGAAGGUUUCUUUAUAUUUUAAACAGUGACUUAAGCGUUCAUUUUUAUAGAUUCAGUUUCGAGAGAAGGUACUAUGGACUGCGAUUACCUUAUUUAUCUUUUUAGUAUGUUGUCAGGUAAGGGUUGUUUUGUUUAUAAGCACCGAGUUACAUUUCGUCAAACUUUUGUAUCUAAUAUGUUGCACCCACAGAUUCCCCUGUUUGGAAUUAUGUCUUCAGACAGUGCAGAUCCUUUCUAUUGGAUUCGAGUAAUUCUUGCAUCAAAUAGAGGGACUCUUAUGGAACUGGGAAUUUCUCCCAUUGUCACAUCUGGUUUGAUCAUGCAACUGUUGAGUGGUACAAAAAUAAUUGAAGUUGGCGAUACUCCAAAGGAUAGAGCUCUUUUCAAUGGUGCUCAGAAAUGUAAGAAAAACACAAACUGCUUCAAAAUAUUUGGAAUGGUUAUCACUGUUGGUCAAGCCAUUGUAUAUGUAAUGACUGGAAUGUACGGCGAUCCGACGGAAAUUGGAGCUGGUGUUUGUUUAUUAAUUAUUAUUCAGUUGUUCGUUGCUGGAUUGAUAGUAUUAUUGUUAGAUGAAUUGCUUCAAAAAGGAUACGGAUUAGGAAGUGGAAUCUCUCUCUUCAUUGCUACAAACAUUUGUGAAACAAUCGUAUGGAAAGCAUUUUCUCCAGCUACAGUUAAUACUGGACGCGGCACAGAAUUCGAAGGUGCAGUAAUCGCAUUGUUUCAUCUGCUCGCUACGAGACAGGACAAAGUUCGAGCUCUUCGCGAAGCGUUCUACAGACAAAACCUUCCUAAUCUUAUGAAUUUACUUGCAACUAUCCUAGUGUUUGCUAUUGUGAUUUACUUCCAGGGUUUCCGUGUUGACUUACCAAUCAAAUCUGCCAGGUACAGAGGGCAGUACAGUAGCUAUCCUAUUAAACUGUUCUACACGAGCAACAUUCCCAUCAUUCUUCAAUCUGCGUUGGUGUCGAAUUUAUAUGUUAUUUCACAAAUGUUGGCCGUCAAGUUUCAAGGAAACAUUAUUGUGAAUUUGUUGGGAGUGUGGUCCGAUAUUGGCGGUGGUGGCCCAGCACGAUCUUAUCCUGUUGGAGGAUUGUGUUACUAUUUGUCACCGCCAGAAUCUGUAGGCCAUAUACUUCAAGAUCCUAUCCACGCUAUCCUUUACAUUCUUUUCAUGCUUGGUUCUUGUGCUUUCUUUUCGAAAACGUGGAUCGAGGUUUCUGGUAGCUCAGCAAAAGCCGUCGCAAAACAGUUGAAGGAGCAACAAAUGGUAAUGAGAGGCCACAGAGACAAUUCUAUGAUUCACGAGUUAAAUAGAUAUAUUCCAACCGCGGCAGCAUUUGGAGGAUUGUGUAUCGGUGCUUUAUCUGUACUGGCCGAUUUCCUUGGUGCAAUCGGUUCAGGUACUGGUAUUUUACUCGCUGUCACAAUCAUAUACCAGUACUUCGAGAUCUUCGUUAAAGAACAAAGUGAAAUGGGUGGAAUGAGUACGCUACUUUUCUAA